AUGUUUCUUUCUGCAGAGACACACAGUAUUCCUCUCAGUGAUGGUAACCAUAUUCCACUGCUGGGAUUGGGUACCUAUGGGGAUCCUCGAAUUACACGCAAAGGUACAGCUCUUGAAUGUGUCAAGCUUGCCAUAGAUGUUGGUUACAGGCACUUUGAUGGGGCACUGGUGUAUUUCAAUGAGCAUGAAGUGGGCCAAGCCAUUAGAGAGAAGAUUGCAGAUGGAACUGUUAGAAGAGAGGACAUCUUUUACUGUGGGAAGCUCUGGAAUACCUUCCACUCCCCAGAGUUGGUGAGACCUGCUUUGGAGAGGACACUGAAAGCACUAAAACUAGACUAUGUGGACCUCUACAUUGUGGAGCUUCCUAUGGCCUUCAAGCCGGGGAAGGAGUUUUAUCCAAAAGACAACGAUGGAAAGUACAUCUACCAUCCCACAAAUCUUUGUGCAACAUGGGAGGCUUUAGAGGCUUGUAAAGACGCUGGGCUGGUUAAGUCUCUGGGGGUUUCAAAUUUCAACCGCAGGCAGCUGGAGCAGCUGCUGAAAAAACCUGGCCUCAAACACAAACCUGUGUCCAACCAGGUUGAAUGUCAUCCAUAUUUCACACAACCAAAGCUUCUGAAGUAUUGUCAUCAGAAUGACAUUGUGAUUGUUGGUUAUUGCCCACUUGGCUCCUCCAGAGAUGCUUCCUGGGUAAAUUUGAAGUGUGCUCCACUGUUGGAAGAUGAGCUACUAAAAUCCAUUGGGAAAAAGUACAACAAGACUAGUGCUCAGGUGGCUCUGCGCUUUAAUGUCCAAAGAGGAGUGGUGGUGAUUCCAAAGAGCUUCAGUCCAGAGAGGAUCAAACAUAACUUCCAGAUAUUUAAUUUUUCUCUCACUGAUGAUGAAAUGAAAGCCAUUGAAGGACUGAAUAAAAAUAUUCGCUUUGUGGAGCUGCCAAUGUGGAGCGAUCAUCCAGAGUAUCCCUUUCAUGAUGAAUACUAA